AACGCAGCCGUGCCCGAGGAAAUCCGCACGAUGGCGGAGGACAUGUUCUCCGCUGAAGACAUGCCGGGCUGGCCUGUUGAUGGGCCGGCCAAAAGGGCGGAGAAACCCACCGCGCGUGCUGGCGCGUCGCAGGCGAAGCUCAACGGCAUCUUGGAAACCAACUCACUUUCCACGAAGACAGCGAUGAAGAUGCUCGCUAUCAUCGGGCUGCCGUGCGCGGCCGUCACUGACAUGAUCGCGUGCCUCCUGAACUUGUGCCCGUGCUUCCCUGGCUGGUUGAUCAACCCGCCA